AUGGAACUGUCAGGGCUACUUCUCAGCAGAGCAGGACUCUGGCCCGCUCCCUUUGCCAACCCUCCAGUCCUGCCUACCGGUGCCCUCCGCUUCCCCACCCCUCUCCCGGCAGCCCCAGUGUCCGCCAUGGCCAAAGCCUACGACUACCUCUUCAAGUUGCUGCUGAUUGGGGACUCGGGGGUGGGCAAGACUUGUCUGAUCAUUCGCUUUGCAGAGGACAACUUCAACAACACUUACAUCUCCACCAUCGGAACUGAUUUCAAGAUUCGCACUGUGGAUAUAGAGGGGAAAAAGAUCAAACUGCAAGUCUGGGACACAGCUGGCCAAGAGCGAUUCAAGACAAUAGCUACUGCCUAUUACCGUGGAGCCAUGGGCAUUAUCCUAGUAUAUGAUAUCACAGAUGAGAAAUCCUUCGAGAAUAUUCAGAACUGGAUGAAGAGCAUCAAAGAGAAUGCCUCGGCUGGGGUAGAGCGCCUCUUCCUGGGGAACAAGUGUGACAUGGAGGCCAAGAGGAAGGUGUAG